UAACUCAUAGAUGAUUUCGAAAGCCUUUUGAUCAUCAUGACAUCGGGAUUUAUCAACACAACUUCCGGAAUAAUGAAUUCAACUAUGUCAAAUAAUUUGUCCGAAAGUAUUCAAGAAGAGAUGGAAAGUGCGCUUGCGUUUGAACGCGCAAUACAUUUGGCUGUAUCAAUUAUAUUUGGUAUCGUUGUUUUAGUUGGGUUUCUAGGAAACCUUUUGGUGAUCAUUGUUGUUUGGUCAAACACACAGAUGCAAAAUACAACAAAUAUAUUAAUUGUUAGCCUGGCCUUUGCGGAUCUUUCAUUUAUCAUAUUCUGUGUUCCCUUUACUGCCACAAAAUAUGUCAUGGCAACAUGGCCCUUCGGUACCCUUUGGUGUAAGAUAUCAAGUUAUCUGAUGUACGUCUGCGCAUUCGCAAGUGUAUAUACUCUCGUUCUCAUGUCACUUGAUCGAUAUCUUGCAGUAGUUCAUCCAAUCACAUCAAUGAAAAUCCGAAAUAGAAAAAAUGCGAACUUUCUGGUCAUUUUAACAUGGAUUGUGAUUCUCGGCACUAAUCUCCCGGCAGCUUUCGAGUUCCAUGUUAUCGAAUAUCAAUUUUAUGACCAUAAUCGAUCAACAUGUAUAUUAGACCAAAAUUUAUCCGUAGGUCGUAGAUUUCACGGUUGCUUCUUUGCUUUUGGAUAUGUAUUACCUUUGACACUGAUUUGUGUUUUGUAUGGAUUUAUGUUGAAAAGGCUCUUGUAUGGAGUUGUUCCCGGUGGAAGUCAACGUGCCGAAAGUAUCAGAUCCAAGAAAAGAGUUACGAAGAUGAUUAUCAUCGUUGUAGGAAUAUUUGCCUUGUGCUGGUUACCAAUUCAGAUUAUGUUUUUGGUUCAGUAUUUUGGACAUUUUGAAGCAACACCAAUUACAUUUGGUAUUCAAAUGACUGCAAAUUGCUUAGCUUAUAUGAACAGUUGCGUCAAUCCUAUAUUGUACGCUUUUCUGUCCGAAAAUUUCAGACGAAGUUUCAGAAAGCUUCUUUGUUGCAAAGGACAAGUAUCAACGAAAUUUGAAUACGAAAGAACACAUGCACCACGUGGGGCAGAUAAGGAAACUAAGGAGAUGCUGUUAAACAACUUGAACCAUACCAACAAUGAAGUCAGUACUAAAGAUAAAAAUUGCAACACCGAUACCACGGUUACUUAAAGUUACACAUUCAUGAAAAUAUUGUUUCAAAAUGUUCAAGUUUGGUUAUUAAUGAAAUAAUAGUAUGAACAAUAACAUGACUUAUAUCUCUGAAAGCUUGUAGGCUCGAACGCACAUUUCAGAACGCUGUGACAAAGUAAGCAAUAGUAUUAAAACACACGAUAAUCACAAAGUAUGUGUACACUGUUCGUUGAUAGAAAAGCAAGUGUGUAGAUAACAUUUCUGAAAGUGAAUUUUGUAUUAUUAAAAACAUAUCUGUAACAUAACAACAGUUUUGAUGAAGUGACAAAAACUCAAUAUUACUAAAUGUUUAUGUUGUAUAUUAUAUAAAUUGUAGCUAUGUAUUGUUCGAAAAAUAAAAAUAGACGUAAGUUUCGCAUUUGGAAAACAUAUAG